UCUAAGAUGUUAAGGAGACAGGCAAGGCUCAGGAGAGAAUACCUUUAUCGAAAGUCCACCGAGGACAAGGAACGAGUGACUUAUGAGAGAAAGAAAAAGUUGAAGACUGCUUUGGAAGAGGGAAAGCCAAUUCCAACAGAGUUGAGGAAGGAUGAAGCUGCACUAAGAAAGGCCAUUGAAUUUGAUGAUGAGAAACAUGAAGAGACUGGCUCUCACCAGGAUGAUGAAUAUGCCUGGGCGGGAGUGCGAGAUCCCAAGAUAAUGAUAACAACAUCUCACAGCCCAAGCUCAAGGCUGAAACAGUUUGCUAAGGAACUACGAUUAAUUUUUCCUAACAGUCAGCGAUUGAAUCGUGGUAACUAUGUGAUGAGUCAACUGAUUCAGGCUUGUAGAGCUAAUGAAGUUACAGACUUAAUAUUGGUUCAUGAGCACAGAGGCGAACCAGAUGGUCUGGUUGUCUCCCAUCUCCCAUUUGGUCCCACGGCUUAUUUCACCUUAUCAAACACAGUCAUGAGACAUGAUAUUCCUAAAAUUGGCACCAUGUCAGAGGCAUACCCGCAUUUGAUUUUUCAUAACUUCAAUUCGAAACUUGGAGAAAGGGUCAAAAGUAUUCUAAAGUAUUUAUAUCCAGUCCCUAAAGACGAGAGCAAAAGAGUGAUCACAUUUGCAAACCAGGAAGACUAUAUCUCAUUCAGGCACCACACAUACAAGAAAGUCGAUGGACAGGUUGAAUUAGCAGAAGUAGGGCCACGAUUUGAAAUGAAAGUUUAUGAAAUCAAGCUUGGAACAGUUGAUCAGAAUGAAGCUGAUGUGGAGUGGAGGCUACGACCCUACAUGAACACAUCCAAGAAGAGAAAAGUGCUUAGUAGCUAGACAGACUGGACUUUAGGUAAUUAGAGAAGAUAGGUGAUAAUGUUAGGAAACACAAAAACUCAAUUGUUGAUUUACAUGUACAGCCAUGAAUGGAUCAUUUCUAUUGAAUAUCUGUUUUCUUUAUUUUACAACUGUUUUACUAUGUAACUCCUUAACCCACAAGAGUGGCUGGCUUCCAAUUUCUCCCCACAUUAUAACCCCUAAUAUAUCACCCCCACAAUAUCCGAAUAAAGGAAACGAUCGUCAACUGAAGAUGCUCUUGACUGGUCAACAAAUUUUCCUCGUCAGAUCCAUAGGAAAUGCAUGAAGAACAGUAUGAAAAAUAUGCAUACUGAUGGGUUGUCUAAACGUUGGUCACCAGUCCUUUCCAGCAAUUCCCUCACUCAGAGGAUUAGACCACAUGUGAUCGCCUGUUACUCCUUUAACAGUCUGGAGAAUAUCGUGUUUUAGUGUAAUUUCUCAAGUGAUUACAGAGAUUCGCGCGCCCUGAUUGGUCGAGGAUUGCGUUAUAUCACGCUAUAAUCUCCUUGUGUGAGAUGAUUAUUG